AUGACGCUCCGCCUCAGCGCCACCGCGUGGGCGGAGGCCCUGCCCCCCGGCACGAACCCUCUUCGCCGCCGCGUGCGCCACUCGCUUUCACACGCCUCGCAGUCGGAGUUCGACGACGUCGUCAUUUCCAAGAAAGUUUUGGCGGAUCGGUGCCUCGACAAGACUCCAGCGUUUACUUGCCACCUGCAGUCCACCGCCUCGGAGGCGUCGUCCUCGCGGUCGUCCUCGCCGGAACGGGACGGGGGCUACGCAGAGGGACGCGGCAGGCGCCACGUCUCCUGCGGGCGCACGCGGGCCUCCUCGCGGUCUCCUGGCCCCGCGUCGCGGCCGCCUCAGACCCGCCGGAAGAGCCUCGCGGCGCAGCGCGCGGAGAAGGAAGCCGAGCGUGAGCGCGAGGCGCGGCGGGAGGAACGGCGUCAGAAGAAGCUGGAGCGGAAGGCGAAGGAGGAGGCGAACCAUUUGGCCUUCAUCCGAGAGAGACAGGCCCGCCUGAAUCGCGUCUGGCCUCCGCCACGGGCGGAAGUCUUCAUCAUCGGACAGAAGCAGGGUCCCACUGCGCGCCGAGAGAUUCAGCUGUUUCUCGACGAGAAUUAUGAGGCCGCAGCAGAGUUCCAUCAGAUUCACUCGCUGGACUACCUUUACCGGCUGACGACGGCGCUGCAUCCCAAGCCGCCUCCUGUCGUCUUGAAGCCCCCGCCUCCUGUGGAGAAACCCAAGCCCCCGCCUCCUGUGGAGAAACCCAAGCCCCCGCCUCCUGUUGAGAAGCCGAAGCCUCCGCCUGUUGCGAAAGCCGAGAAAGUUGAAGCGCCUCCGCCCCCCCCUCCGCCCCCCCCUCCGCCCCCCCCUCCGCCCCCCCCUUCUGCCCCGCUUCCUCCCCCCCUUCUGCCCCGCCUCCAUCCCCACCGCCCGCCCCCCCUCCAUCCCCCCCUCCCCCUCCGCCGCCGCCUCCGCCGGCGACGCCGCCCUCACCCCCACCGACUGCGUCCACGGUGCCGACUCCGCCCAAGCCCGAGCCUCCGCCGCUCGUGA